AUGGUGGGUUUUUUUGGAGAAUUCUGAGGGGAAAUGGGCUGGGCUUAAAAAUCAGAUAUUGGGAGUUUUGAGAAAAAAUGACCUAGAAACCCUACAUUCUGGAUAACAAAAACAAUUUCUGGCCUAGAAAACCAAAAUUCUUCUCAUUUUUUGAGGGGGAAAAUAUGAUAUAUUAUAUUUUUCCCCCCGUUUUUUCUCUCUUCUUUUUUUUUCAUGAAAUAUGAGAUGUCAUAAAGAAAAGAGACAAAUAAUUUUUCUAGCCAUUUUUAUUAUUUUUUUUAGUCAAAAGUGUUUUUGUGAAAAAUUAUAAUUUUGGACAUAAAAUUUCUAUUUAAAAUGUAUCUAAUUUUCUUCAAAUGUUCCCCUAAAAUUCUGUGAUUUUUCAGACAAAUCGUAUGUAUCUCUCAAAUCAAAUAUCUUCAAAUUCACCUUCGAAAUUCGAUCUCCUUUCAUCAUCAGCUUCAGCUUCUUCAAAUUUAGAAUCAGAAAAAUCGUGCUCAACAAUUCUAACAUUUCCCUCAACUUCUUCUGCUUCAAAUUCUUCAUCUUCUUUUGUUCUUCGACAACUUCGAUUUUGUGAUCGACCGGCUGUCGAACAAAUAUGUAAUGAGAGUUUUCCGAUACAGUAUCCUGAAUGCUGGUGAGUUUUUGCGAUGUUUGGGAAUUUUGCCUCGAAAAUCUAGGAUUUCAAAAAUAAAUUGGGUUAUUGUGGAUGAAAAAUCGAUGAAAAAUGUUUAUAUCACAAUUUUUCGCCCCGAAACUUUCAAUAUUAAUAUUUCCUCGUUUUAAAACCUUCAAAAUCCACAAUUUUUUCUCUUUAGGUACGACGAAGUUGUCUCUGGCUCCCUAACCUCAACUGGUCUUUUCGAUGGUCCAAUUCUAGCCGCUAUAAUUGUCUCAGAAACAAAAACGAUAUUCGAAUGCAAUUCCGAAGAUCAAGAUAUUUUAUCCGAACCAAUCAAUAAUUCAGUUGUAUAUAUUCUAUCAUUGGCUGUUGCGAAACCGUAUAGAAGACAGGGUCUUGCGACGAGAUUAUUGGAUAAUCUGUUUAAUACGGUAUGUGCCUUUAAAAAAUCAUGAGUGAAAUCUGGUGAUUUUUGAAUAAAACAUGACCUCAAAACUACAUAAAUCUUUUAAAAUUCUCAACAAGGAUUAUUAUACAUAUUUACCUCCCUUUAAAUCCCGCGUUCCAAAAAAUCCUCAAAACUAUUUUUGUUUCAGAUUGUCAUGGCUCCACCGUAUCCACGAGCUGUUUUUCUGCACGUCCUUUCAACCAACUCGCCUGCUUUGUCUUUUUAUAAAAUGCACGGAUUUCAAUGGCAUGCGAGUUUAGUGUGAGUUCUUUUGGCGCUCAAGAUUUUGACUUCAAAAAUUGAUUUUCAAAUUGCCACGUGAAGUGGCUCCGAAGUUGAAAGAUUUUUUUCUAAUUUUUUGAGACUUUUUUAAUUGGAAUUUAUGAUUUUGAAUGAUCAAAAUUAUGUUCGAAAUUUCAAAAUAUGAAUAUUCCGAAAUUCAUUGACUCUGAAAUUAGUGAAAAAAUAUAUAUAAACAGGCACAUCCUCCUGGCCUUUCACAAACAUCCCCCGAAACUUUGAAUUUUUCCAGAAACUAUUAUCGAAUUGGCGACGAAUAUGGCGAUGGUUGCACAUAUGUUAAAUACACCAACGGUUCUCGGCCACCAAUCACAUUCUAUGAGAUUCUCAAAAUGUUCGGCACCACAAUUUGUAUGCCAAUCAAAGCCGUCUGUAAAUUCUUGUCUUUCUGA